GGCUUCGAGGAGACGGGGGGCGGGGCGGCGCCGGCCCUGAUUGCGGUGCCACUGGCUGCUGCUGCUCGGCGGAGAGGACUGAUUUUGCAAGGCCGAGGUUGCGACCGACGCGGAUCUCGUAGGGGGGGCACUGAGAAAUAAGAAUCAAGCUCUACAAUGACAACCUAUUUGGAAUUCAUCCAACAAAAUGAAGAACGAGAUGGAGUUCGAUUUAGUUGGAAUGUCUGGCCAUCAAGUAGACUGGAAGCUACCAGAAUGGUUGUUCCAGUGGCAGCCCUAUUUACGCCACUGAAGGAGAGACCUGACCUACCGCCUAUUCAAUAUGAACCUGUUCUGUGUAGUAGGACCACUUGCCGUGCAGUUUUGAAUCCUUUAUGUCAAGUGGAUUAUCGAGCAAAACUCUGGGCUUGCAACUUUUGUUAUCAAAGGAAUCAGUUUCCACCUACUUAUGCUGGUAUAUCUGAACUGAAUCAACCUGCGGAGCUUUUACCUCAGUUUUCUAGCAUUGAAUAUGUAGUUCUGCGUGGUCCUCAGAUGCCUUUGAUAUUCCUCUAUGUGGUUGAUACUUGCAUGGAAGAUGAAGAUUUACAAGCCCUGAAGGAGUCCAUGCAGAUGUCAUUAAGUCUUUUACCACCUACAGCUUUGGUUGGACUUAUUACUUUUGGGAGAAUGGUGCAGGUUCACGAACUUGGAUGUGAAGGCAUUUCAAAAAGCUAUGUCUUCAGAGGAACAAAAGAUCUGUCUGCCAAACAACUGCAGGAAAUGCUGGGACUCUCUAAAGUACCGGUUACUCAAGCAACACGUGGUCCUCAGGUACAGCAGCCACCUCCUUCCAAUAGAUUCUUACAGCCAGUACAGAAGAUAGACAUGAAUCUCACAGAUCUUCUGGGGGAACUUCAGCGAGACCCUUGGCCUGUACCACAGGGAAAGAGACCUUUGCGUUCCUCUGGAGUGGCACUUUCCAUAGCUGUAGGACUAUUGGAGUGUACUUUUCCCAAUACUGGUGCUCGCAUCAUGAUGUUCAUUGGCGGUCCUGCUACUCAGGGUCCUGGAAUGGUAGUUGGAGACGAAUUGAAGACACCUAUAAGAUCAUGGCAUGACAUUGAAAAGGACAAUGCCAAAUAUGUUAAAAAGGGGACUAAGCAUUUUGAAGCACUGGCUAAUCGAGCUGCUACGACUGGCCAUGUGAUUGAUAUCUAUGCGUGUGCACUAGAUCAGACAGGUCUCCUGGAGAUGAAAUGCUGUCCCAACCUUACUGGAGGAUACAUGGUAAUGGGUGACUCUUUCAACACUUCCUUAUUCAAGCAAACUUUUCAAAGAGUCUUUACCAAAGACAUGCAUGGACAGUUUAAAAUGGGCUUUGGUGGUACGUUGGAAAUAAAGACCUCAAGGGAAAUAAAGAUUUCAGGAGCUAUUGGACCCUGUGUGUCUCUCAAUUCUAAAGGACCCUGUGUAUCUGAAAAUGAGAUAGGAACAGGUGGCACUUGUCAGUGGAAGAUAUGUGGACUUAGUCCUACCACAACCUUAGCCAUAUAUUUUGAGGUUGUCAAUCAGCAUAAUGCUCCAAUUCCUCAAGGAGGGCGUGGUGCCAUCCAGUUUGUGACGCAGUAUCAGCAUUCAAGUGGCCAGAGACGCAUCCGAGUGACCACCAUUGCUAGAAACUGGGCAGAUGCUCAAACUCAAAUCCAAAACAUCGCUGCAUCUUUUGACCAGGAGGCAGCUGCCAUACUUAUGGCCCGGCUGGCAAUAUAUAGAGCAGAAACAGAGGAAGGGCCAGAUGUGCUUAGAUGGCUGGACAGACAGCUCAUUCGGCUGUGUCAGAAAUUUGGAGAAUAUCACAAAGAUGACCCAAGUUCCUUCAGAUUUUCAGAAACUUUCUCCCUUUAUCCACAGUUUAUGUUUCACUUAAGAAGAUCUCCUUUCUUGCAAGUUUUUAACAAUAGUCCCGAUGAGAGUUCAUAUUAUCGUCACCAUUUUAUGCGUCAAGAUCUGACCCAGUCUCUAAUCAUGAUUCAGCCUAUUCUGUAUGCAUAUUCUUUCAGUGGACCACCAGAGCCGGUUCUUCUUGAUAGCAGCAGCAUUCUUGCAGAUCGUAUUCUUCUCAUGGACACAUUCUUUCAGAUUUUGAUUUAUCAUGGUGAGACCAUAGCACAGUGGAGGAAGUCAGGAUACCAGGACAUGCCAGAAUAUGAAAAUUUCCGCCACCUUCUGCAAGCCCCAGUGGAUGAUGCACAGGAGAUUCUUCACUCCAGAUUUCCAAUGCCGAGAUAUAUUGACACUGAACAUGGGGGCAGCCAAGCCCGUUUCCUGCUUUCAAAAGUCAACCCUUCACAGACUCAUAAUAAUAUGUAUGCCUGGGGGCAGGAGUCUGGAGCACCUAUUCUCACAGAUGAUGUUAGUUUACAAGUAUUUAUGGAUCACUUAAAGAAACUUGCUGUGUCAAGUGCUGCUUGAAGUGCUAAACAAGUUAAGGACACUUAAGAAGACGAAAUAUAUUUCAAUUCCCCCCCCCUUUUUUUUUUUUUCCUUUUCCAGUUUAUGUGUGGAAACCAACAGAGCUAUCUCUCCAGACUUAUUUUGUAUUAGUAUGGUUUGAGACAACAUAUGGAAAAAUGUUCAUGUUUGUAGAUUAAGCUGGAAUAUAAUGAGAGCAAUAAGAACAAAUUUGUUUUGCUUGCCACAGUAUUAUAACUGGUUUUAGAAAUUUGCAGUCUUUAUAACUUAAUUAUGUUUGAAUGAAAAUAGUCUGCCUUGUACGAUAGAUAUAACUCAUUUGUACAUUGCAGACAAAUCCAAAGUGGCACUGAAUGUCCUUGCUGACCUUUUAAAAACUUUUUUCUUAAUUUUAGCCAGAAAGUAACAAAGUCAAUAGUAAUGCUAAAUGUGAACAUUUUUGCUUAUUCAUUGAGUAUUUUUCUGUGAUUUUCAGCACUUAUGUAUACACUUUUUCUAUACUUAUUCUGUU